CAGGCUGCGCUCAGUAGUCUGGGAAGUUUGUAUGCAAUAGUCGGUGCGGGGCCAUCAGUGUAAAAUGACGGACAACGCGAUCCCUGGGCCGCUAGAUCCUGAAGAACUUCAGAUACAAUAUGCUAAAUCUUUUCUACUGCAAACGGACAACUCCGGACUUAGCCUGUACGAGCACCUAUCUGCACUUUUGUCUCGCAUUUUGUCUGAGCGCCCACCCAAUGCUUUGGAGGUAUUUGAAUCCCUGAGUGCAGAGCUACAUUGGUCUAGACUAAAACAAGGAUCCGAUGUACUUCGUGCACCAAGAGAAGAGUCUCAUACCUGCAGGAAAGCUGAGGUGCAACGCGCACUCUUCUCCCGUGGAGAUGGUGAAGGUGAAGAGAGUGAGGCAGAAGGAGAGAUGACAGAGUCACCUCUUCCCAAUCUUCUUGACCUGGCCCACCUGUUGCAGCAAGGUGGUGUGAAUUUAGGGCGAGAUGAAGCAGUUAGAAUAUCUCUCGCUCUUAAACGUCUUACAGACACCCAUCCACUGCAGGUUUGCCACUUUUGGGGCAAGAUUCUGGGCAGUGGGGGUAGUUACUUGGUAGCAGAGGUACAGUUCCGGGAGGGAGAAGAUGAUGAAGCAGAAGAGGGAGGCGAGGAAGAAGAGAAGGGAGAAGUAGAAGAUGAUGUGGAAGAGGAAGAGAAUGAGGAAGCAGAAGACCUGCCACCCAAGUCCACAUAUCGCCCUCCACCUGUGAUACCAAAAGAGGAGAACGGCACAGGGGCAAAUAAACAUGUGUAUUAUGUGUGUUCAGAGGCAGGAGCUGAAUGGGUCAGACUGCCACCUGUUACCCCAGCUCAGAUCAGUGCAGCACGAAAGAUCAGACAUCUAUUCACAGGAAACCUAGAUGCCCCUGUUAUCACAUACCCCCCUUUCCCAGGAACAGAAAUAAACCUUCUUCGUGCCCAGAUUGCACGAAUUUCAGCAGGAACCCAUGUUAGCCCACUAGGAUAUUACCAGUUUGGAGAGGAAGAAGGUGAGGAAGAGGAGGAAGGGGCAGUAAGAGACACAUAUGAGGAGAACCCAGACUUUGAGGGCAUCCCUGUGAGUGAACUAGUAGAGAGUUUGUCCAACUGGGUACAUCAUGUCCAGCACAUCCUUCCACAGGGCCGUUGUGUCUGGGUUAAUACCUCUGUGAAGUCAGAAGAAGAAGAGGAUGAAGAAGAAGCAGAGGAAGAGGAAAAAGAGGAGGAAAAUGAGCCAGAGCCUGAAGUGGGUCCUCCACUACUCACACCUCUCUCUGAGGAUGCAGAGAUUGGACAGACUCCACCAUGGACAGCAUUCCUCUCAACACAUCUAAUUCCACAUUAUGCUCUUGCAGUUCUUCGUUCUAAUCUGUGGCCUGGAGCCUACACCGUUUCCAGUGCCAAGAAGUUUGAGAACAUCUAUAUUGGCUGGGGUCUGAAAUAUAUGCCUGAAGGCUACAGUCCCCCUGCACCUCCUGCUCCACAGGCAGAGUAUCCCAGCGGACCAGAGAUCACUGAAAGUACUGAUCCCACAGUUGAAGAGGAACAAGCUCUAAAAGCCGCAAAGGAGGAAGCAGAAGCAGCUGCUGAGGAGAUGGAAGAGGAAGAGGAUGAAGAAGAAGAAGAGGAUGAUUAAGAUUGCUCUAGUGCUGUUUGCUCCGUGCAUUCAUGCUCAAUAAAUUGCUAUUUUUCUGCAGCUGUUUAGGAAAAUAUUUGGUCAGCAUUUACAUAAAAUUUAAAGGGGCGAUAUGCCCUCUUGAUCAGCAAGAGUUAAACAUUUAGGGCUUGGGCUGAACAUAACUUUUUGCCUAUUAAGUUAAUCCAGUACAUCUAUGAUUUUUGUUAUUUCUUGAGCAGGGAAACUGGGACUACUCCAUGUUUGGUGCUUGCAAUAUUAUUAAAUAAUCGGUAUACAACCCAAUUUCUUCCUCCUUUGUUUUGUUAGCAAGAGAAAACCAUUGAUCUUUUAUGUUUUGGGGAACGCAAUAGACAAAAAGUAUGUUCAGAAUGAGCCCUAUUCAUUGCACUCAUGUUGAACAAUAGGAUAUAGGGGUUUAGACAAUACAUGUGUAGAGAUAUAAAAUCUAUUUAUAUAUAACACAAAUAUCCCUGUUUAACUCUGGUUAGAAGUAGUGGUUUAUUUAAAUACUUACUGUGCCUUGCAAAAGAAUGCAUACCCUUGAACAGUUCUGUCAUGCCAUUGAAUAACAAGUGCUACUAAACUUUGUUAAAGUACUUUGAAAUAAAAACAUCACAAAAAAGUUAAGGUA